GCCUCCCUUGCAACCCUGCAUGUGCACCUUCCCUCGUCGCUCGCAGUAUUGGUUCUUGCGCCUGCCACGCUGCGAGGCGAGCCACCAUGCAGCAACCUGGCGAGAGAAAUAACAAUCCCAAGACUCUUGGCGUCGGAAAUGAUCAACGCCAGAUACAAAGCGCAUCCUACCCCACCUCCGAACGCUCACCAUCGCCAUCGUCCGUCUCUCCUCCAACCUACGCACUCGGAAUUUCGCCCGUUCGCCGCAGGACGCGUCUCACCACAGGACAUGACGAGCAUGCAGAAUCCAUCUUUGCGCUUAUUUACGGUGCUUAUUUUUAGCCUCCGCGGGCGGUAGGGCGAAUGCCCACUCAACUGCCCUGCUUGCACCUCCUCCUUAAUGUCCUUCAUCCCGCCUGUGCUCUCGCUGUCACUUCGCCCAUCUCUCCUCUCGCGCUUUUUUUCUGCUGAGUGACUGAGCGCCGAUGGCACGACGAUGGCUGUUGGUGGGCGCGCUCCUGCUGUGCUGUGUUUGGUGUGUGCGCGCGGUGGAGCCUCCACCUGAUUACACGGCGUACGGGAAUGGAGUUGACCCUGGCUGGCCUAGCGAUCCCAUCCUCCAAUUCCGACCGCCGUUUCCCCGAUCACUGCCUGUCCAAAUCCUUCUCACCGGGAUCGUCCUCACGCUCUCCUCCGUCCUCCUCAUCCAGCUCGUCUUCACCGCUCAGUAUCACUGGGCGUUGGCCCCGGUGAACUUUGUGCUGCAGAUCUCCGCCGUCAUCACGCUCCUCGUCACCUCCAUCGUGACCAUCAACAUCGUGUUCACUGCAGUGACCGAAGAAAGCCGUACAUGGCCGUACAUGCUCAAUUACGUCGCCGUCGAUAUCCCUCCUAGCCCAGACACAAACUGGCCUACGGCCAACCUGGCUGCGUGGUUGCUGAUGACAGCCACAACAUCCGUCCUGAUACAGAUCACCCACAUUCAAUUCCUCACGCUGCUGUUCCCGUCCAAGCUGGAACGGCGGCUGAUCUACAUCCUGCUCGGGCCGCUGGCCAUCACAGCAGCGGUGAUGCAGAUCCUGCGGAUCCGCAAGGACAGCAAGCUGCUCGAGGCGGCGAGCGCGGUGCAGAACAUCUGCAACGCGACGCUCUCGCUGCUCUUCACCGCGUCGCUCUUCAUCUGGGGCCUGCUCGUGAACCGCAAGAACGCAUGGCGCAUGGACGGCGGGACGGCGGCUUUCGGGCUCGGCGCGCUCGUCCUCGCGCCCAUGUCGACCGCGAUCGCGUUCCUGUACGUGCCGACGCGCGAGCAGUACACGUGGAUGCCGAGCCUGAUGUGGGCGAUCAUCCUCUGGCAGAGCUUCCUCGGCUGGUGGUGGUGGGUCGGCGCGGGCAUGGGCGUCGGCGAGGUCGACGAGCUCCUCCGCCGCGAGGAGAAGCGCAAGAUGAAGCGCGACAUGCGCAUCGCGAGGCGGAGGCUGCAGCGCGAGCGCGCCGAGACGCUCUGGAAGGGCGUCACUGGCGCCCUUGGGUUUGGCAAGCAGUCUGACGACGAGGCCACCACCGCCGCCACCGUCGCUGCAGGCCGUCCGGGCCGCCCCCUCCACAUGCAUCGCACAAGCACGACCACGUCGAGCCUCUCGUCGUGCAGCAGGGGCAGGGCGUUCUGGCGGAUCAUCGGCUGUCCGCCCGGCCGGCAAGUCUACGGAUGGUUCCUGCACUGGCGGCAUGAACACCUCACGGCGACGCGCGAGCAGGCGGUGCAGCGUGCGGAGCGGAUCAACCAGGCGUUUGGGGGAAGCGAGCCUGGCGUACGGAUGGGCCGGGCGGGGUCGCUCGUCGGUUGGGGCCUUGGCUCGUUCUCGUUCAGGAGGGAGCGCAGCCGGGAGGAGGGGCGCGACGAUGCGACGAUCGUCGCGUCUGAGUCGGACCGCGAUGUCGAGGUUGAUGUUGAGAAGGCGGGCGCGGAGCGCAAGAUGGGCGAUGCUCGCGAGAAGGUGCGGGCGGUCGUGGAGGAGGAGGAGGAGGAGAAGGAAAGGGAGGGGGCUCUGCGAGUGCGGAGGCGGAGCGCGCGCAGGAAGGACGUGCGGCGGGACGACUCGAGGAGGCUGCAGGAGGGGCAGCAUAGUGCGCCUGAGCAUGCCUCUGGCCUGAAUUGGUGGUGGUGGUGGGGCCCGUUGCGCAGGUGGCGGUUGCAGGAUACGACCGAGUAUUGAGGGAAAACUAAAAGAAGGAUGGUCCUGACCUGCGUGCGUCGCUAGCGCUUUGCUUAUCGGCUCUUUCGUAAUCGCUCGGUGUAUGAGUAGGUUGUUUGUCGCAUUGUUUUUAUUUAUGUUUUUUCGUUGUCCGUACGUACAUAUAGGUGAGGGCUUGUAAUUUACUUGCCGGGUGUUGCAUGCGUGCAUUCACAGGACUUGGGUUAUGAAUUUGGUUGAUCAUCCGUGACGCGGUCCACGUUAACGUAACGUUGACUGUCGCAGUGCGUGAAACCGACGUGCCGCGUUAUGGUCUUCAAGCUGACCUCCUUCAGCGA